UUGAUGAACUAAAACAUUUACUUCAGCUGUUAGAAAUUAACUUACGGUUCACGGAGAAAGUAGCCCGACGAAAGAUCGUAUUUUAAUAUUCACAUUUCUUGUACCCAGUCACAGUUUUUGACGGGAAAGAUAAAGGAGGACUUUACCAUUGUGAAAAGCUCGGCAACAAUACGCGUAUUACACAAUAAUAUCGUCUUUGUGGAUUGCUCGUUACAGCCAGAAAUUCUUCAAUUAGACAUUAUUUUGCCAAGCUACCGUCAACAAGAAAAUCAUGGAUCCCCGAAUUGUGCUGAUCUCUGGCUGUUCUAGCGGGAUAGGACUCGCUACCGCUGUGCUUCUCGCAAAAGAUGCCGGGAAACGGUUCAAGGUUUACGCCACCAUGAGAAAUCUGGCGAAGAAAGGACAACUGGAGGAAGAAGGGAAGGAGUAUCUGGGAGACACAUUGAUCGUCAAACAGAUGGAUGUGUGCAGUGAUGAAUCAGUCAACCAAACAGUACAAGAACUGGUGGAAAUGGAGGGAAAAAUUGAUGUGUUGUGUAAGUACCGUGACUUUUCUUUUCCCGGGCCUCACUUUUCCGAGUGUAUUAAAAGCGCAUAUGAAUAAACUCCGUGUUAUUUUGACAUUUAUUCAUCAGUCGUCUAUCGCCAAAUGGAUGUUUAUCGUAAGAAAGAAAAAUAAAUUAAGUCAGGAUUGGAUUUUUAUAACAGUUAGAAUCCAUCCUAUGCCUGCUAUCAAGGGUGAACUCAUUACAAAACUGUAUAUGAACUGGCCGGAAAAAAUAACUUAUGACCUCAGAAUAUGUUAUCCUUAUAAGCACGAUUGUUAUUCGAUGUGCGACCUUAAAUCCACUCAGUGGAGUGCAGUAAUGUCACUGAAGGCGAGUACUUCCAACGAACAACUACACCGCCUGAUAAGACGUAUACACGCUAUGGCGUGAACAGUGACGGAAGUAUUGAUGCAGGGGUUGUGCUAGUACAUUGACCGUGUAUUGCACCUAUUUAUCUGGCAUUGCGCCUGAGUUAAAACCCAUUGUUAACAUUAAAUAUUCACCUUGGCAAGAUGAAUAACACAGCUUAGACUUCCCAUCUUUUAAAUACAGGAAGUAGGCACUUGUAAGAGAUAUAAUAGGACGGGAAAGACCCAAGUAGUUUCUUUUCUCUCAUCAUGCCACCCCUUACAUAUAAUUUUUCUCUUAAAAGAGUACGUCCCUUCAAUAACCAAGAGCUGUAACUCAUCUACCAUCCUUUAGUUGAUCAACAUCGUCAUUAUUAAAAUUGUUAUUAUGAUAUAAGUGGUAUGAUUUUUACGACCUCUCCUUAUGAUCUCGGGUACACUUUUUACGAAAUUGCUUGAACCGAUAAUUUAUUUAUUAAGGAUUACGUGUGAUUAAUAUAAGUUCCCCAUACAGAUUAUUUUGUGGAACUUUAAAAUCAUUUUAGUUAGGAAAGCACUUCCCAAAUGAAUAUUAACUGAAGCAGGCUUAUCGAAGAUUCUUUCAUCAUGAUGAAAUAUUUUCAAUCCACAGUCAAUAACGCUGGUAUUGGGAUAACAGGAAUCCCCUUCGAAUGCAUUCCAAUUGACGCGGCAAAGGAGCUGUUCGAAGUGAACUAUUUUGGUUACAUGAGACUUAUCCAAGCCGUCCUACCCAGCAUGAAAGAGAGGCAGAGUGGGCUCAUCAUCAAUAACAGCAGCCAUUUUGGAAUAGUUGGGGUUCCUUUUGUGGAGACUUACUGCUCGUCAAAGUUUGCAAUUGAAGGACUGACGGAGAGUUUGGCUCCUACACUUCGUCACUUUAACAUCAGGUAAAGACAAACAAUCAAUAAUUAUAUAUAUUUACCCAAGGAGCUCCAAAGAAAUGCAGAGACAAGUAACUGUUAUACAGUCAAUUCUCUCUAAGAUGAACCCUACCUAUAGGUAACUUCAUUUCCAAUUUUGGAUUGUUCCCCUUUUUCAUUUUCCCGUUCCCCAUGCUCGUUAUCCAUUUCCCGUUUUGAUAACAUCCGGUGGAUGAACGGUUGUACGAACAGUCACGUGAAAACCUAAAUUGCUUGCGUAGAUUGAUAACCAGAUUUUCCUCAUCACGGUGCUAAGUAUCGCGUGAAGCUCUACUAUAAGUGAAAUACCCUACACUUUACUUCACCCUGGUUUAAUGUUAUCAUUUUUUCGUUACUCCUUAUGAGGUCAACAUUGUAAGAAGGUUUCAAUAUUUCAUUUGAAACUGGAAUAGGCAACUUUUAAUAGAAUUUAUUACUGAAUAUGAGCGAAUGCGCCGACUGUUUUGAAUGAAAUACUCCUGGAAUACUAAUGUAGUUUGGAAUAAUUAAGUUAAAAACACACAAACAAACGAAAUGGACUCUGGGAAGUCAAGAGACGUUAUCACUAAAAUGCCAGUCUCCUAAAGCUCAUUAAAAACAGGUAAGGAGCAACAAAAGAAGAUUUAAAUUUGGACUAUGACUUCUUCCUGAUUUUGUCAAGGAGUGAAAUAUGCAUGUGAGCUUCCCGGCUCAUGAAAAUCGUCAUCUUGAAGAGCCAUCAUAGUUACUAAUGCAUGCUUUCGCUUUUUUUCUUUUGUUGUGUAGAUGUUGUUUGCUGGAACCAGGGCCUGUCCAUACUGCGUGCGUACCAAAAGCGUUAGAAUGGGGACAAGAUCGUGGCAGCACGCCAAACGUGGACCCUAAGACCGUCGACCUCAUGAAUAAGACCAUUGCAAACAUAGAAAAGGAGUUUGGUAGUGCAAUGCAGACCUGUGAAGAAUGUGCCCAAUUCGUAAAGGAAAUAAUUUUAGGUGAGAAGGACAACCUUCGUUGUCAAACUAAUGAGGAAUUCGGGUCAAAAGAAGUAGCUGCAAAGUUAGCUGAGCCAACAGGGAAUGCUUCUGUAAACAUCAUUACCGCACGAUACCUUGGCGAAACGAAGCAAGAAUAAACGAUGGGCCAUCCUUUCCUUGAUUGCAAUUUGCAGAGUGGUUGUCGCCGUUUAUGUUUUGGUUGUCACCAAAGGGUAGCC